AUGCAUAUGAAAGUAGGCACUAAAUCUCCAAGACAUUUGGUUAGUAUGAUGGAAUUAUCCAACGAAGAACUCUACUCACUUGUUAGCAAGGCUGAAAAAUUCAAGAGCAUUGUCAAGAGUAAUAAUGUUAAAGAACAACAAGCAUUGCACAACAAUUUGUUAGGUAAAUUGGUUGCUAUGUUAUUCACCAAAAGAUCUACCAGAACCAGAAUCUCAACUGAAGGUGCAGCAUCCUUCUUCGGGGCCCAACCAAUGUUCUUAGGUAAGGAUGACAUUCAAUUGGGUGUUAAUGAAUCGAUGUACGAUACUACCAAAGUUAUAAGCUCAAUGACAUCAUGUAUCUUUGCUAGGGUUGAUUCUCAUAGCCAAAUUCAAGAAUUAUGUCAACAUUCCAGUGUUCCUAUUAUAAAUUCAUUGUGUGAUUUGUAUCAUCCAUUGCAAGCUAUAACUGAUAUUUUAAGUAUUAAAGAAACUUUUGGUAGAACAAAGGGUUUGAAGUUAGCAUGGAUUGGUGAUGCCAAUAAUGUUAUUAAUGAUUUAUCAAUUGCCUCUUUAAGAUCGGGAAUGUCUGUUUCGAUUUCAAUUCCUAAAGAUAUACAGUUUGAUUCCAAAAUUGCAACCGAAGCUGAAAAGUUGGCCACAGAACAAGGAGUUACUUUUGAAAUUGUUAAUGAUCCAUUGGUUGCAUUAAAAGAUGCUAAUGUGAUUGUAACUGAUACUUGGAUAUCUAUGGGUCAAGAACUGGAAAAAGUAGCAAAAUUAAAGCAAUUUGCUGGUUACCAAAUUACUCAAGAUAUGCUCAAGCAAGGUCAAGUUGCUUCUAAUUGGAAGUUUAUGCAUUGCUUACCAAGACAUGCUGAAGAAGUUGCUGAUGAUGUUUUCUACAGUGAUCAAUCCAUUGUGUUUGAAGAAGCUGAAAAUCGUUUAUAUGCUGCUAUGGCUGCCAUUGAUGGGUUUGUCAUUAAUAAGGGUGACUUAUUAAAGUAA